UAGUCGAGUGAAAGACUUCACCGAGUUACAACGUGUGUCUCGAUUCUGGCACCGGACUACUUUCAAAUACAACAGUUGCGAAAGGACUUGGGUUCGAGAGACCGUUGAGAAAAAAUCGCCGCGCGUUUAAAAAGAAAAUUCUCUGAAAGAAAUUGUGCUGUUGAUCAUUAAUCAUAAAAGCUGGAGUUAAUUUCCACCCAGCCUAAGACUAAGUUUGAGAGUUGAGGAGAAGCAAUAAUAAAAAAAGGAACAGGUUUUUUAAGUGUAAAUAUUUUAUUUGCAAUUUUCGCGUAGUUGAUCAAAUAAUCACGAGCACCAAUCCCAGAAAAGUGACAUUUACAAGUUGCAUAGUGAUCUAAUAUAUAAAUGGAUUUGAAAGGCCUGUAAGAGCACCUUUUUUCUUCAAGACUUGCUCAACAUGGAAGAUAACACGGCAUCCACGUCUUCGGCGGAAACUCACACUUUGGAGGCGAACUAUCCAUUCAAAAAUGAAGUGUCCCUCUCCAUUGGCAGUGAAUCAUCCACCAGUGACAAUACCGCCGCUCCAACACCAUCACCACGUAACAAUUACCAAACUGAAGUGGUAAUUCCGCCUCUGGAAGAAGUAGCCCUCACCAAAUCAGAUGACACCUAUGAUGGCAAAAUUGGUUUGGACAAUCCCGGCUAUGAGCACGAACAGCCUAAACGACCUCUAAGCUCCUUUGGACAGAACGGUCUCACAGAAGCCAGUCUUAAUUCCACCAAACCCCAAAAUGGAAAGAGUGUCGAUAAACCUCUGGCAGAAGCUGUCAAUUUAGAAUUAGUAAAUUUGAAUAAACCUGCAAAUGGCCACGAUAAUGGGAUCCCCAUUAAGAAAGACACAGAAGUGGACAUUGGUGAUCCCUACGAUGAAUACUUCGUCCCGGUCAAUGAGCACCGAAAAUACAUGAGAGGUGAAAAACUCUAUGUCACAAAAGACAAAAGGAUCAAGAGUCGAUGGAGGAAAUGGCUCUGUUGGGCCAUAAUUUUAGCAUUACUCUUUAGUUUGAUCAUCAUUGGUUUGCUGUCAGCAACCGGUGUGAUCUUCAGUGCAAAACCUACUCCAAUAGAAUCACGACAAUUCAAUAGCAAUGACGUUCAAGCAUCCGGGAUUUUAGGUGUAUCUGGUAGUAGAAAGUCUAAUGUUAGUCAAUCAACUCCUAUUACAACGUCAAGCACAGCUUCGUCAAUAUCCUCGGUAUCAAUUACAACGGACGAGAAUAUCAUCUACGUACCAAAUACUUUGGAGGGUCAAUUAACAUUACAAGAUACUACAUUCCAAGACGACUAUAACAAUCACAAGAGUACAUCAUAUAUGAAUUUGGCUCAGAGAAUGGAGAGGGCUAUUAAAGACGCACUGAAAUCAUAUAUGGCAAAUAAUAAUGAUAUUUACGUAAAAGUUACGAAUAUGAAACCCGGUUCGGUAGUAAUUGACUACAGAGUUGGUUGGAGCAAUAAAAUGCAAUCGGACAUUUCACCAACUUGGCUCAGCAGCAGUUUAGCCGAUUACCUCAAGAGAAACAAUGGUUGGCUGGAUAAUUAUCAAGUUCCAAUGAAUACCUUGAGAGCAGCAAGAUUACCAGACACUUGCUUUAUGAAUCCUGGUGAAUAUGAAUGUGAACAUGAAUGCAGAUUCAAUGAGAAAAUUGUGGAUUUUGUAUGUACAUGCCCAGAAAACAUGGAACUCCUAGAAGACGGAAAAAGAUGUGGUGCAAGAAAACCUGUGACUGUUGAUAACAUUCAUGCUUACGAAAUAACACCACAGGAACAGCAACCGGAUCACAAUCACGAUCAUCAUCAUCAUCAUCAUCACGAUCAUCAUCACUACGACCACGAUCAUGAUCAUAAACAAUUCGAUGUUGAACCUGAUAGUGAACCAGAACCUGAACCAACCAGCGAACCCGAACCAGAACCUAAGAGUGAACCUGAACCAGAACCAAAUGCUGAGCCUGAACCAGAACCAAACGCUGAACCUGAACCACAGCCAAAUGCCGAACCUGAACCAGAACCAAACGCUGAGCCUGAACCUGAACCAACUAGUGAACCAGAACCAGAGCCUAAAUCUGAGCCUGAGCCUGCACCUGAACCAACAAGUGAACCUGAACCAGAACCAGCUAGCAAACCUGAGCCAGAGCCAGCCAGUGAACCGGAGCCUGAACCGAAGAGUGAAUCAGAACCUGAGCCAACUAGUGCACCGGAACCCGAACCGAAAAGUGAACCUGAGCCCGAACCUACUAGCGCACCCGAACCUGAGCCAGAACCAGCCAGUGAACCUGAACCAGCACCGAAUAGUGAACCUGCACCGGAACCAACCAGUGAGCCUGAGCCAGAACCCAAGAGUGAACCUGAACCUGAACCAACUAGCGAACCACCUGCAAGUCAACCUGAACCAGAGCCCUUACCCGCAAGUGAACCGGAGGUUAAACCUAUUGAAGAUGGCCACAGUACCACGACAGAAGAAAUUAUGAGUAAACAAAUCAUUGAAAAUUUACAUAAACUACAAAUGCCAAUUGAAUCAAUUGUAAAUGAAACUGAGCCAGAACCUUCAAGCGAACCAGAACCUGUCACAGAAUCAAUGCAGGAAAUGUUUAGUGAAAGAACAACAAUUCCAGAGAGUUCAAGUGAACACAGUUCCGCAAUAAAUGUUAUUGAUAUUUCUGGUGGUGUUACUGAGGAUACAACAAAGGUAUCAGAGUCUGAACCAAGGAAUGAGACCAAUGAUAUUGAAUCAUCAAGUAAAUCCAAGAAUACAAGUAGUGUGAAGUCUUCAAAGCAAUUGGACUACAAUUUCCCAACAGAGAAAACAUCAACCGAAGUUCCUUUGGAGGAGACUUCAUCAACUGAAGCUCAGAGGGAUAAUAUUAUGAUUAUUCAUCAUUCGACUGAAAACCUAAGCACAGAAGGAUCAUCAACGGAAGUUCCAUCUCAUGCUCAGUUCUAUGAUCAUAAAAAUUUGGAAGCCCUUUUAGACAGAGAUUUGAUUGAUUCCAUCUUUUCAACGACUGAAGCUGAAGAUGAAUCUACGGAUAUUACGACAGAAUCCAUGGAAAAUGCUGAAAUGGAAGCAUCUACUAGUCCAAAUAUGUCUAAUGAAGCAAGAGAGAUUUCUGAGAUGCCAAUGGAAAAGGCAUCAACUGCCGAUGAUUCCGACAUGUCUACAACUGUGGAGAUGAGUGAUGUUGAUACUACAACUAUAUCUAGUCCAAGUCGAGGUGAUAUUAGUGUUGGCGUGGAUGAGAUUGAUUCUUCACCUACAACCAGCACACCAAGUCCAAAGAGUGAUAACGUAGAUGAAAGUUCUUCAUCAUCGACUGACCUUCCUGCACCUGUAACUGAGGAUAUCAGCGAUGAUAUUCCUCGGCCAACUGAAACCUACUUCAAGUCACCCAGAGUUAUCGACCUCCGGGAUGAAGAAGCGAAAACCGAAGGAGAUAACACAAUUAAUAUUUUCUCUCCACGUUCUGAAGAUUCCAUUGCGACACUAAAUGAUUCAGAAUCGCAGCAGGGAGACUCAUUGGAAAUGUCACCGUUUUUGCCCAAUAUUGAAACAUCUAGUCCAAGAUCGCCAUCCUCAUACGCCGUAACGGAAAUUGUAUCUGAAGCAGAAACAUUCCAACCAAUACCAAAUAUUGUUGUAGAUCAAUCACCUUUCCUUCCAGACAUCGAUAACAACUCAACCCUUGUGCACAACUUGCAUCAAGGACAUGAUGCAUUUGUACAGAAUGACACUGAUGAAAUUGUGAAGGAAGACAUUAAGCAGAAACCGAAAACACCAAGAUUGGAUAACGAUGAAAACCAUAAGGAAAAUCCUGUUGAGAGCAAUAUUGGGGAAGAUCAUGUUGUAAUGAUCAACAGUACGGAACAGCCGGGAAGUCCGAAUGAUUCUGUAAUGGUAAUACCGUUGAAGACUAUGGAAGAAAGUUCAGUUAAACCUGUAGAUGUUGAAAAUAAAUCAAACCCAACAUUAUUAGUGAAUGACGAAAGCAAUGAAGAAGAAAAGACAACGGUUGAGCUUGAAGCCACUACAACAUCUAUUGAGAAUACUGAAAAAGUCUCCUCAACGGAAGAACCAAGUUCUACAAGGGCUACAACCAGGAUUGAAACUACAGAGUUCAAUGACCUCUUAACCGAAAGCACAACAGAACUAACAAAGAAUGUUGUAAUUGAAGAUAAUUCAGUGAAAACGGAGGAGAAGUUCACAACAAUCGCCACAACAGAACGGCUCAAUGAAAUCUUCGAUCCUGACGAGAAAUUUAGCAAAGAAAAAAGUUUUUCAGAUGAUCCUUAUCCCAAAUUAGCAGAGAAUGAUCUCAAGGUAAUACCACUGAUAUCAGGAAAAGGUGUAAAGAAACCGGACAAAGAUGAAUUUUUAAGAGGAAAACUGAAACCCAAUGAGAUUGGAGAGGAGACUAUUGAAUCCACGACCGGUCAUUUUUUAGAUGAAGGGACGUUUCAGACGACACUUCAGUCGACUGGAACGUCCAAAGCCUCGGAUAAAACAGACUCUAAUGAUGUGAAAGUAGACGAAAGCCCUAAGAUGACUAAAAGCCUGGAAAGUGAACAAAUGCUAAUGUUCUCACAAUGUACUUCUGGACAGUUUGAAUGCAUGAAUGGAACAUCGAUAGAAAAUGGAUCUCCUUGUAUUAGCAAAACGGAGAGAUGUGAUGCCAUCUCUCACUGUACUGACGGAUCAGAUGAAAUGGAUUGCGAAAGGUUGGGCUGUCCUGGUCACUUCCAGUGCAAGGAUGGACCAUGUUUAUCGCGACAUUUAGUUUGUGAUGGAAUUGCUCAUUGCAAUGACACCAGCGAUGAGGAAAAUUGCUCAGAGUGGCAGUGUCGCUUUGACGAAAUAUCAUGCGAUGCCUCUGGUAAGGGGCCAUGUAUUCCCACUCAAUGGGAGUGCGAUGGCCUUCAGAACUGUGCCAAUGGACGAGAUGAAAGCAACUGUUUGGACACGUGCAAUAACAACGAGUUUUACUGUACGGUGCAGAAGAGGUGCAUUCCAGAGGCCUGGAGAUGCGAUGGAAAAGUCGAUUGUUCAGGGAGUGAAGAUGAACGCUUAUGUGAUUGUGGAGCUGAUAAAUUCAAGUGUAAUACGGGAGGUUGCAUUUCUGCAACAAAUGUUUGCGAUGGACUUCCGCAAUGUCCAGAUUUAUCAGAUGAAUGGGAUUGUUUCAAAAUUCUCAAAAAUAACACGGAAGCCACGGAUUUACUGGGAGUUCGGAAAGGACUCAAAACCUAUCAUGAAAUCUGUGCUGACAAUUGGACAAAUGAAUAUUCCAAGGAAAUCUGCUCAAAACUAGGCCAUUCCAACUACUCUUCAUGGGAAAAGAAGUCCCUCACUAACACCCUUAAUCCAAUCUACGGAAUAAACAACUCAAAUAGCGAAUCCCUAUUGGAAAAAAUCGUGGAGAUCGAUUCCUGCUCUGAAGGUUUCGUGACGCUUUUUUGUGAAGAAUUCACAUGUGGAAAUCGCAAGAGUGAAGUGAAGAAUUUGGACGAGUUAAAUGAUGAAAAAUUCAUCGAAACCAGUGUUCUCUCGAGCGUAGCUCUGGCAUUUAGUGAAUCAUCUAAUUUAAUUUGUUCAGCAACAAUUGUUGCUCCACGAUGGGCCGUUUCGACCUACUCCUGUAUCAUCGGACGAACUGAAUUGGUUGAUGGAAGAAAUUCUGCUGUGGAUUGGAAAGUAUUUGCCGGUGAUCGUGUAUUUACUCGACAACUCAACAAUUCAACACAAAUUGCAACUGUGAAGAAUAUUUACACAUAUCCUCAGGCUAAGUUCAAGCAAUUCCUGUACUCAGGAGAUAUAGCCCUAUUGGAAUUGGAGGAUUCACUUAAAUGGGAACCUACUCUUUCUAGUUCAUGUCUCUCAAUUGAGCCAUCAGCAUCAAUAAACUCAGAAAUAUCUUGUAUUACUGCAGAAUGGGAUACUAACAUUUCAGAUGAAAAUAUUAACGAUCGACAAUUGAACUACUUACGAGCCACAAUUAUCACGACUGAUGAAUGCAAUUCUACAAGUAAUUUUGCAGGAAACCUUCCAGAAAAUUCUAUUUGUGCCAGUCAGGAUCAAAUGGGAUGCAAGAGAGAAGCAACACCCUUGCUAUGUUUGGAAAAAUCAUCAACUGAAAAGAUGGAAUGGGUGAUGCGAGGAAUUCUGAGUUACCACGGAAAUUGUGGCCAGCGUCAGCAACCAAAAGUUUUCACAGCAAUCACCCCCGAAAUCCGAAAUUGGAUUGCAAAAACAAUAGGAAAUGAGUUAUUCUAUUGAAUUCUAUUGCAAAAAAAAAUCUCACCGUUUGAAAUUGCAAAAUGAAAGCAUGAAAAUGUUUUAUCACAACACUCUGCAGCAAUCAGAACGAUAGCUAGUCACAAAAUUGUAUUUGUGCCAAUCAACUGAACGAUGACGAAUUAUGGAGAAAGAAUAUCUACAGCGCGUAAUAGAGUAGCGAAGAGUAAAAAAAAAAUUAGGUAUAUAGUGCGUGGAGUUGCACAUAAAAGAGAAUCCAACAGGUUUAUAAUUUUGAGGUUUGUGAUUGAGUCAGAAGAAAUUCGUUGAAGUCAUCUUACCAAUCGCAGGAGAUAAUAAAUUAAUAAACUUUCUGGAGAAUGUGUUUGAGACACAAAAUUAAAGGAAAAAAAAUGUAUCCAAUUUAGAAAGAUUGUAGGGAAGAAAAAUGUUGAGGGAAAAAGAAAUAUUCACUAGAUAUAUCUUUUUUUUUAACUAAGGCUGUAAAUAUUACAUGAAACUAAUAAUAACUUCUAUUUUAUCCAUUUAUUCUGGUAGCAAAAGAAAAGAUAUAUUUUCGAUGAUCUUUAUGGAUUUUUUUUUAUAGGAUUAUAAUUUUUAAUGAAAAACUUCUCAACAUUUUCCAUCAAUAUAAUUAAGCAAAUAUAUUAUAUUAUUCAAAUGUAAAGUUAUAAGUUAGCUACUGUAUAUGUUUUUUUUUUUGAAUCGUAUUUGUUUUAAAAGAAAAAAAAAGAGAUAAAUAAUAGAUGUAAAUAAAGGAAAAUAUAAUUUUCAAGUAAAAA